CGUCGUCCUCCCAAGUCGAUAAUCUCGAAACUAGGGUUUUGAGAUCUCCCCCGAAGCCGAACAUGUCGUCCAAAACCUUAGCUCGCACAGGAGCUUCUCUCAUCAAUCGACUCUUCCUUUCCAAUCCGACCCGUUCCCCGUCGAUGCCGAAACCCUUCGUUCUACCCACAAUCUCUUCGACCCGGUCGUGGGCGCCUCCGUUUCGAGCCGAGUUUCAGAUCGACCGAACUCCGCUUCCGGAAGUGGGAGGGGACGCCGAAGCUGUACGGAAAUUGUCUUCUCCCGAAGGGUUCUUGUUUCCCUGUGGCUUGCCUUCGCUUCGAUUCUUCAUAGAGGACGGACAUGAUGGUUUGCCUAAUGAGCCAUUGGUUCUACUCCCUAAACGAACAUACCAGCCAAGCCACAUCAAGCGCAAAAGAACUCAUGGUUUCCUUGCACGAAAAGCAACCAAAGGUGGACGGAGGGUGAUUGCUCGAAGAAUUGCAAAAGGUAGAGCAAGAAUCACUGUAUAACAUGCAGAAUAUGUUUCCUUAUGCUGCUGUAGCUGCUCUCAGUAACAUGAGACUGUUUUGAUGUCAAUUAUCACUACCGUAUUAGAAACUUUGAAACAGAAAAAAUGAUUCAUUUCAUCUGUAAUAAUAGUGGAAUAUUUUAUCUUCUUUUAUCCUCCUCUUUUUGUUUCGUGAGCAAUAUUAAAGUUUGGCUCCAUUUUCCUUU